CAUGGGUGCUGGAUAGCUCUGGAUAACUAAAUAAUGAUAAAAACACGGGCUUGAGAGAUGUCCUUGCUUUUUAGAAAUAAGCCUGAAAUAAAAUGAUUAUGUAACGAUCAAAGUUAGUUUUAGAUUUUUGAUAUCAGUUUCAAUUAAAGCCAGAAGAGCCCCUUAUGUUAGCUUAGGGUGCUAACUGGUUCUGACUGCACUCAGCUCUGCUGUGUUUUUAUGACAUCUGUUAAGUAUUUUAGAGUCUUUUAGGGACUCUUCAUAAGUAGAGGUUGUUAUUCAGGAAACUACUGGGAUGGAGACAGCUGCUCUGAUCGCUCCAGUCACAGGACUGGAGUUUCUUCAGGACCAGUUUCUCCUUACUGGCGAGGGUCCGGUCUUGUCGGUGUUCAGUCUCCAGCCUCGUCCCAAAGCCGGCGCCUCCCUGAAUGUUCUGCAGCAGAACAGGAUCCACGGGAUCAGACCGGCAGGUCCGGCAGCGGAACAGAGACCUCCCAACGCAGUCCCCGGACAGAGGGAGCAAGGAGAGAGCUGCACCACGGGGCCCUUCUUCUGUGACUUAGCAGUAUUUGGAGGGAAGGCUGUGAGGCUGGUGAGGCUCCACGCAGGUUUAGAGAAUGAGGAGCCCCUGCGCUUGGAGAUCCAGGGUCCUCUCUUGGAGCUCCAGGACUGGGUCCUGGAUGCCCGCUGGCUCUCUGGAGACCAGCGGCGCCUGCUCUGCGUGGCCGUAGCCCACAACGCUGCCCUUCUCCUGGAUGUCGUCACAGGAAACGUGCAGCUGCAGCAUUUCUGUCUGGAGGGCUGUCUGCUGUAUUCUGCUCUCCUUCUGGUCCACGAGUCCUGGAACGACACCGUGAUCGUCGGGGGGACGGUUUUCAACCAGCUGAUCGUCUGGAAACCCGGGGGAGGAGAUGAAAGCGGCAAUUCCGGGCACAAAGCUCCGGUUGCGCGGCGGCUGCCGGGCCACAGCGGCGUCAUCUUCAGCAUCUCCUACCUGCAGGAGAAGGGACAUCUGGCCUCGGCCUCCGACGACCGGAGCGUGCGGGUGUGGGGCGUCGGCACUUUGGGAGGCCCGGGAGGGAGAUGUGGAGACGUGAACCCGGCUUGUUUGAGAGUCCUGUACGGUCACCAGGCCAGGGUGUUUGCGGUGCGUCUUUCCCCGGGGAGAGUGUUCAGCGCUGGGGAGGAUGGCAGCUGUCUAAUGUGGGACUGGGACAGAGGGGAGUCCAAGGUGAUUCGUACACUGAAGGGCCAUCGGGCCGGGGGCGUCCGUGCGCUGGCGGUCAGCGGGGGAACGGGAGAUAAGAGGUGGGUGGCUACGGGGGGGGCGGACGGAGGGGUGAGGCUGUGGAAAGUGAAAGACAGUCUUGAAAAGAAUGACAGUGUAGAAGAAGAAGAAGAAGAGACAGAGAAGCUAACAGACCUGAAGUUUCCUGAUCAGGGCCUUCCCAAAGUAGUCUGCAUAACAGAGGAGAAUAAAAACCCCACCUGGAGUGCGUCUGUUGUCUGCACUGAUCGAGGAAUAGUUUGCCAGUACAGGAACGGUACGUGGGAGACUUUAUGGCAAGGGAGCCGUGACUUUCACUCCUACUCUGUGAUGGAUACGGUUACCGUCAACGUGAAAGACUCGCCUGCAACAGUGACUCUGUGUGCAGUGGGAAGCAUCAGCGGGUCCUUGCAGGUCUUCCCCACCUCUCAUCCUCAGUCUGGCAUCUCUCUUACCGGAGGAUCAGGGAAGAUCCACACCCUUAUCUGGCAAAAGGAAAAAGACGCCGCGUACUUGCUCGCAUCCGGGCCCGAGGGACUGGUUUAUCGCUGGCGUUUAGAGGUAAAGCUAAACGAGAGCGGUUCUCUCAUUCUCAAGGUGGAUUCUCUUGCUCCUUUCCUCCUACCUCGCAGUGCCAAACGUUGGCUCACGGCCGCCGUCCGCCUCCACCGGGGUUCCGGGGAGGUGCUUUGGGUGUGUGGAGACCGACGAGGAUCCCUGCUUUUGUUUCAGGAGGAGCAGAAUGAAAGUCUGCUAACUUCCAGGAGACUAGUUAACAAUGAAGGGAAGGAAACAGGUGGGAAAAGCAGGAAAAUGGAGAAGGAAGAAAGCAAAGAAGUGCACGACUUAACGCUGGAGCCGCUGAGCUGUCUGUUCGGGGUGCACGGGAAGUACGGCGUGACAUCGGUGUGCGAGUACCGGGGGUUAUUCUACAGCACCAGCAAGGACGGCUGGGUCAGGAUUUUCCGAGUCCGUCGAAUGUCACCGGAAAAGUCCGAGGAGAGCAGCCAAAACGGCAGUGGAGGGAGAGUCGGUGACGGAGAGACGCUCAAGCUGGAGGUGCUGAGAGUCCAGCGAGCCUGCAAGGGGAUGGAGUGGCUGGAGAGGGUUCUGAUCCUCAAAGAUGAAACUCCAGGAGAAGAAGAGGAGCAUGUGAUAGAAGACUGCAGUCAGAAUAAAAAGCAAAAUCUGACAGAACCGCUUGAGGUUGCAGGCAAAGAAGAAGUAGAAGUAGAAAACGGCGAGGGAAGAGAAGCCAGAUUUGUCAUCGUGGGCUUCCACGCAGCACACUUCGUGGUCUGGGACCCCGUGAGGCAGGAGAGGCUGUUUGCAGUGCAUUGUGGGGGCGGGCACCGCUCCUGGAGUCUCUGGCCGUCACACACGGGGACCUGGCCCGGAUACGGAGCUUUGGUCUUCAUCAAGCAGGGGGCGGUCCUGACCUCGCGACCCCCUGGAGAGUCUCUGGGCUGGACUGGGAAAGCAGAGAGGACCGGAGGAUGGACGUUGAGAGAAGGCGUCCACGGGAGGGGGAUUUGGUGCGUGCGCCGGCUGGGGAGGAUAGAGGAGCCGGUACAUGGGAUUAAACCAGAAAAUAUACCUGAAAACGAACCAGGCGGGGUGGGAAGAGAGGGACGGUACUGGGAGAUAGUGGUAACCGGGGGGGAAGAUACCAGCUUGGCUGUCCUGGCUCUGCAUCCCGUUUCUGGCACGAUCAGGACUCUCUCGGUUAUCACCGACCACAUCUCCGGCGUCCGCACGCUGACGGCAGUAACCCGGCCGGAGAGAGGAGGCGGAGACCCGUCCCGACGCGUCUCCGCCCUGCUAGUGUCGGCCGGCGGCCGGGCUCAGAUCCAGGCGUACCGGCUGCUGAUCUCCUGGGACCGGCGGGUUCGGGCUCCCUCCUGCCAGGUCAUCCAGGUGGCCCGACACCGGCUGGACGAACAAUGGGAAAAGAGGAGGAACCGGCACAAGACGGUGAAGAUGGACCCGGAAACAAGGUACAUGUCUGUGGCGGUGGUGGAAGAAAACGUGAACGGUGUCCUGCUAGCUCUGUCCUGCAGUGAUGGAGCCCUCAGACUGUUUACACUCAGUGAAGCUAAAAAUCAAGUGGAUUUGUUGUGGGAGACGUUUUACCACCAACGGUGCGUGCUCAGUGUCGCCGCCUGCAGCCUGGAGGAUGACAAGAGCAGCAGGUAUACAAUCCUGUUCAGUGCUGCCACUGAUGGGAAAAUUGCAGUGUGGCAUCUAACUGAAGCUCUAUCUCCAUCAACCGAUAAUUCAAGUGGUGCCACAACUCCACCAAUCCCCUGUCUCGACUUUCUCGCCCACCAGAGUGGCAUCAACUCAUUGGUUGUUUGGGUAGAGAAGCUGGGACGAGAGGAGAGUAGUUGCCUGGUAACCGUUGCCAGCGGAGGGGACGAUGGGCAGCUGACAUUGUCCACUAUCAGGGUGCAGUUCCCCGAGGGGGGGAGCCCUGGGGGCAGCAGAGAGUCUACUCAGAUGCGUGACUCUGAAACGUCGGUCCAAACUCAGAUCCAGCUUUCUAAGCAGCUUAAGCUUCGUCUCCAGUCCCAGUCCUGCAUCCCGCUGGCCCACGCCGCCCCCCUCACCGCCCUGAAGCUCCUGAGCCCCGGCCUCCUGGUCUCCACCUCGUCAGAUCAGAGGGUCUGCCUGUGGAGAGUCAGCAGCACCGGCGUCGGCCACAGCGGGGCGCUGUGCUCCCACGUUGCAGACGCUGCAGGGCUGGAGGUGUGGGAGGGGGAUGGAGGAGAUGAACAUGGGGAGACGGGAUUGGAGCCUGAGCCAGAACAUGCAGUUAGAGAAGGGAAAGAGAGUGGAGGGUCUGGUGAGGAUGAGGAAGCGGCUCAUGAGUCCAAGGAUGGGGAACCUGCGGGACCCCUCGGUGAGACACUUGACCCGGUUUGUAAGUCCAGCGAUGAUAAAGGAGGUGAGAUAACUAGUCAGCCACUGAAUAAAACACAGACUCACAGUUCAGGUGAGGUAAACGCUGAGCAGCUUUCCCAGGGUUCCUGCGAGAGCAGGGAGAAGAUGAGGAAGGGAUGGGUGCUGGUCUGCGGUCAGGGCGUCCAGCUGCUGCGGCUCAGGAACGCAGAGAUGGACACAGACGGGCGGAGAAACGAGAGCGAGAAGGAAAACCAGAGAGUUACAGUGACUUUUUAGAAACAUUCAUCCUAAAUGGGAUCAAAACUUUGAAGUGGUCUUAAUUAUUUUUCCCAAAGCUGACAUUUCAAUUAUUUAUAAUUUUAUGUUUUGUAAGAAUCUAAUUUUGUCUUAACAGAUCUAUGAAAUC